AACAGGCUGCCUUCUGUUGUUCCAGAAAGCUGUUUACUGAUAUUUGUAGGACUCAUUAUGGGUGGAAUCAUCUACGGCUUAAACGACAAGUCACCGCCCGUUAUGGACAGCGAUAUCUUUUUCCUCUACCUGCUGCCGCCUAUCGUCCUCGACGCAGGAUACUUCAUGCCCAGCCGUCCCUUUUUCGAGAACAUUGGCACUAUUCUCCUGUACGCAGUCGUGGGGACAAUAUGGAACGUGUUUGGGAUUGGCUUUUCGCUGUACGGGAUCUGCCAAGUGAAAUCUUUUGACCUGCAGGAUGUUUCGUUGCUCCACAACCUCUUGUUUGGCAGUCUGAUAGCUGCCGUGGACCCUGUGGCAGUGUUAGCUGUGUUUGAGGAGAUCCACGUCAAUGAAAAGCUACACAUCUUGGUCUUCGGCGAAUCGCUCCUGAAUGAUGCAGUGACGGUGGUACUCUACAAGCUGUUUAGAUCUUUCUGUGAAAUGCCAGCCAUCAAAACUGUGGAUGUUUUUGCUGGAAUUGGAAAAUUCUUUGUGGUUGGCACAGGAGGAGUUUUAGUAGGUCUUACUUUUGGGAUGAUUGCUGCCUUUACCACGCGAUUUACCAAGAAUAUCCGUGUAAUUGAACCGCUCUUUGUCUUCCUGUACAGUUACCUUUCCUAUCUCGCUGCGGAAAUGUUUCACCUUUCUGGUAUUGUGGCCAUCAUUGCUUGUGCUAUGGGCAUGAAACGUUACGUGGAGGCCAACAUCUCUCUGAAAUCUCACACCACAGUCAAAUACUUCAUGAAGAUGUGGAGCAGUGUUAGUGAUACGCUCAUCUUCAUCUUUCUUGGGGUUUCCACCAUUGGAGAAAACCAUGAGUGGAACUGGCCAUAUAUUUGCUUCACUGUCAUUUUCUGUCUCAUCUGGAGAGCACUAGGGGUCCUUGUACUGACUUUCUUUGUGAACAGAUUUCAUGUCAACACCGUGACCAGCAAAGACCAGUUUAUUAUAGCAUAUGGGGGUCUCCGAGGUGCAAUCUGUUUCUCUUUGGUUUUCUUGCUUCCUGACUUUCAUAGAAAGAAGCUCUUCAUUGCAGCAACAACUGUUGUCAUCCUCUUCACCGUGUUUGUACAGGGAAUGACCAUCCGUCCUCUUGUCGACUUACUAGAUGUUAAGAAGAAAAGGGAGAGUGCUCCUACAGUGGGAGAGCAGAUUCAUAUUCGGUUCUUGGAUCAUUUGCUGGCUGGCAUAGAAGAUAUAUCUGGACACUGGGGACAGUAUUACUGGAAAGACAAACUAGAAUAUUUCAACAGCAAGUACCUGCAGAAGAUCCUGCUUCGAGAGUACGACCAGCCGAAAUCAAGCAUCGUGCUUCUCUAUGAAAAGCUGGAGCGGAAGCAUGCCAUCGAACUAGCGGAGGCAGGGCAGCUGGGUCACGCGCCGUCCCAUCCAUCCUUGCUCUACAGCCACAGGACUGCCGUAACAGACAGAAAAUCAGAGGAUGUCCUCAAUCCGGACGUACUCGAAAACAUUCAGGAAAUACUGGCAAGGAACCUGUACCGAAUACGGAGAACGGUGCCGGCAUACAGCAGGCACACCCUUCCCGGGGAGACCGAGCCCGCAGAGCAGGCCGAAGAGAUCCUGAUCCUCCGGCACAGGAGCCUUCGGAUGGAAACGAGUGAGAGCGACGCAGUUGGCUCCAGGAAGGAGAAGGAUGACUCCUACUCGGCACAGGGUGACUCCAGCCCGAAGCCGAAACUGUGCCGCUCCUUAACCGUGGGGAACGCGGAAAAGGCACGGGAACCGAAACACAACCGGUCAAAGUCUGUGUGCGUCAGCUCGCCUCCGCAGCCCGGUGCUACUGCCCGCGUUAAUAAGAAAGGAACAGAGGAGGAGUUAACUCCAGACGUCUAAAAGCCCAAGUGAUGCUUUGGGCUUCCCAUGAUGGAUCUGACUCUGUUUCAUGGUUGCAUACAACACAAUCUGCUUUUCUUUUUUUUUUUUUUUUU